CCCUCUCUUCCCUCCUCCGCCCUUCCCCCAAAUCUCACGUCUCUCUCUCUCUCUCUCUCUCUCUCUCUCUCUCUCUCUCUCUCUGUCUCCUCUUCUCUUAUGUCAGGCGUCGGAGGCGUUGGCGGUUCGACCCAAUCGCACCCUCUCUUCCAUCCGUCGCAGAUCCUUCGACCCUUAAAACGCCAAUUCCCCUUCUCUUCUCCCAAAUCUCCCGCCCCCUCCCCAUCCAUCGACGAAGGAAAGGACACGAUCCUCUCUUUAAAGCUAGCAAGUGAAACAGAAUAUCGUCAAGCUGAGAAUGGUGAAUCAGCAACUAGCCAAGGAUACAAAGAAGCAGUUAACAGUCCCGUACCUGUACCUGUCUCAGGCACAGGUGGCAAGCGUCGCAGUAGAGCAAAAAUGUCAAAACACAAACCCUCUGGGCCUCAAAAUCCUGAAUCAAAUGCUGGCCCUUCUACCGUUUUGAAUUCUGCUAGUAGCUGUCGUUAUGAUAGUUCUUUAAGUUUGUUGACAAAGAAAUUCAUUAAUUUGAUACAGCAGGCUGAGGAUGGCACCCUUGAUUUGAAUGAAGCUGCAGAUGUUUUGGAUGUCCAGAAGAGGAGAAUAUAUGAUAUAACAAAUGUUCUUGAAGGAGUCGGCCUGAUAGAGAAGACACUGAAGAACAGGAUAUGUUGGAAGGGACUCGGUAUGUCAAGGCCGAUGGAGCUGGACCAUCAUCUUUCUAGGUUGAAGGCCGAUGUCGACAACCUCUUUUUUGAAGAAUGCAGGAUUGAUGAAAGGAUAAGAGAAAUGCAAGAGAAUCUGAGGGCCCUAAAUGAAGAUGAAAACAAUCGGAAAUGGCUCUAUGUGACCAAGGAAGAUAUCAAGAGCCUCCCUGGCUUUCAGAACGAAACAGUUGUUGCCAUAAAAGCUCCUCAUGGAACCACUAUUGAAGUCCCGGAUCCUGAUGAGGGUGUUGAUUUUCCACAUCGGCGGUACCAACUCCUCCUAAGAAGCACCAUGGGACCGAUAGGUUGCUACCUGCUCAGCGGCAAACAUGAAGAGAGGAUUGGGGAUUUGAACAACGGCCCACAUCCUGCAGUGACAGGUUUGUCUGUUGAGAAUACUAGUAGUAGCAAUGUUGAGGGAAGAUCGCUGCCAACGAUCGGAGAUGCGGUCGCAUUAUCUGACACAGGACAGCUCCGAGGAGACCCGAAACUUUGUUCAGAAGAUCCAGUCAGCUCACAGGACUCAGAGGGUGGAAUUUUGAAUAUCGUUCCAUCAGAUGGUGAUGUUGGUGCUGAUUACUGGCUUGUAUCAGAUGUUGGAGUCAGCAUGACAGAUAUGUGGAAAACGUAGUAUGAGCAAUUGCCUCUCCAUAUAAAAUGAGCUUGAAAUGAUGAUAGGUGCAGUGCUCCUGCAACCUUGGACUCUUAUCAGCUGAAAGGCGGAGAUGGAUUGUCAAUCUGCAUGGGCCCUGUUUGGACAAAUGAUGCAUUUCUUUCUAAUCAGAGGCUUAAGAGGAUGAAGAAUCCAAAGGAUGGUGGAGCAGGGGCUGCUGCAUUGCUUCAACUGUAAAUUUUGUAAGUAUAUAGCAAUCACUAGUGAUAAAAAGGUAAUAAAUGGUUUCAAAUUGGUUCCAGUGA